AUGCAAAGAUUUUAUAAUUUUACAGAUAGCCUGUCCUAUGACCCUUACAUUAAUCAUAUCACAACAAUCAGUACAGGUCAGAUGAGUAUUUCAAGGGUUAAUGAUAAUAAUCCUCUUAAAUUUUCAAUGCUUGACGACGAAUCCAUAGACAAAUUGGACAAUGAAAGUUUAAAACGUUUGUUUAAAGAAGCAACGAUAUAUAUACGUGCACAUGAAACAACUUUAGAAAAAUUGACUCAUGAAUAUACGACAAAGCUUAAAGAUGCAAAUGAUAAAGCAAAAAAAGCAAAUGAACAUAUUGAAGGAAUGUCAAAUAAAAAAUUAAAAGAAUCUAAUUCACAAUUGGAGGAAUCUCAUGAAAAACAAGCAAGGUUACAACAAGAAUUGGAUUUAUAUCGUGGUUUGGUGAAUACAAUACAUAAUGAUAAAUUAAAAAAAGAGGCAUGUGUUAAUAAUAUCAAUAAUUUAAUUGUCAAUUCGCCAAUACAGGAUAGGAUAGGAAAACCUGGUGGGGGUGGGGGCGAGCAUACACCUCAGAAACAAAUCAAUGGAUAUUACAUGUACGAUUUUUCUCAAGCUCAAAAUGGAUCAAAAUCUUUAAUUUUACCAAUGGAUUCAUCGCCAUCAUCAUCGAAAUUAGAUACAAGUUAUAGGCAAAUAUUUCCAUCAGUUAACGCAUCUCCAUCAAGUACAGGUCAUGUCAAUACAACUUAUACAACAAAGAACUUUUCAGCUAGUAAUAAUUCAUAUUCUCAACAUAAUAGUUUAAGAUCAGAAGAAAAUGCAAAGAUAAAUACAAAUUAUACAUUUCCACAACAACAACAUCCUAAUAAUACAAUAAUAACACAAGGAACGCCAAGUUAUCUACAAGCACAAAAAAUUUCUUCGGUUAAUGCUACAUCUUAUUCACAGACACUGCCUAGAGAAGAACGUACAGCAUUGGAUCAACUUGCAGAGGUGGCAGAAAUGAGAUUAGGGAUAGAGUUUGGAAUUGAUUAA